CGGAGCAAGUAUCCAAUGAAUUUGCAGAACCUUUGCAGAAUCUGGGCAGACCUAGCAAAGCCUGCGUAUCGUGAACGCAGCCAAAACAACAGGAAGGACACGGAACCCGGAGCGAAAGGCAACGAAAGAUGGCCCCCGUACUUUGGAAAGACGACGAUGAGCCUGAACUAGGAGACCUGAUCGAGAUUUUCAGGACGGGUUAUAAACACUGGGCUGUCUACGUGGGCAGUGGAUACAUCAUCCACGUAGCCCCUCCCUGUGAGCUGUCCCAGCCCAGCGGCUCCAGUCUCAUGUCAGUGGUUUGUGAGAAAGCCGUGAUCCGGAAGGACCUCCUGCGGGAGGUGGCGGGGGGGGACCGCUACCGCGUCAACAACAAACUGGACAGCAAGUACAGCCCGCGACCCGUCAACAAGAUCGUGCGGGAGGCGGAGCAGCAGGUGGGCAAGGAGGUCCCCUACAGCCUGGCAACCAAGAACUGCGAGCACUUCGUCACAGAGCUGCGAUACGGGUGCGGGGAGUCCCAGCAGGUGAGGGAGGCUGUCGGGGCUGUGGGAGCAGGAGUGGUGCUCUUCGGAGUGCUCGCUGGCAUCGGAUACUUCAUGUCCCGGAAUCGGCAGGAGAGGAACAACCAGUGAUUCGAACCCAGCCCCCCAGUCUCUCAGCCCACAGCCCCCCAGCCUCUCAGCCCCCCAGCCUCUCAGCCCCCCAGCCUCUCAGCCCCCAACCUCCAAGCCCCCCAGCCUCUCAGCCCCCAGCCUCUCAGCCCCCAGCCCCCAGCCUCU